AUGUAUACUAGUACAAAUUACAGGUACCAGCGUUCAGCAUCUAGAUUAACAAUAGGUGCACACUUGUUUGGCAUCUUAGCCCUCAUACUCUUGCUUGUUUGGUUGUUGCAUUAUCGCGGUGGUCUCGAUUAUGAUUCUGGCAAUUCACAGCAAGUUUUCAAUGUUCAUCCAUUUCUUAUGUUCUUCGGAUUUAUCUUCCUUGCUGGUGAAGCAAUGAUGGCAUACAAGACUGUAAUGGCGCAACACAAGGUGCAGAAGUACGUUCAUGGCUUCUUCCACCUGGUAGCUCUUUGUUGUGGAAUAUGGGGAAUAUGUGCUGUUUUCAGGUUCCACGAUAUGGAAAAACUAGAUGACAUGUAUAGCAUCCAUUCAUGGAUUGGCUUGACCACAAUUAUCUUGUACGGCUUGCAGUGGUUGAUUGGAUUUGCUACAUUCUUGUUUCCAAGAGCUUCAGAACAGUCGAGGGCUCAGAUUGCUCCAUGGCAUAUGAGUCUCGGCAGGGUGCUCCUAUACCUGUCGAUCUGUGCCGCCCUGACCGGAUUGAUGGAGAAAUCCACAUUCCUCCGGACCGGUGGACAGAUAAGUGAGAGAGAAUUACAUCUCAUCAACUUCACUGCACUCUCAAUCCUCCUCUUUGGCAUCUUCGUCGAUCUUUCAGUUGCUCUUGCGCGUUACGUUUGAUUUCAAUCUUCAUUAAUCAACCGCUAGCUUCAUGACUAAAUUUGCACACUGGUUCGGGACGAAGUGCAUGUUAUUUUUCUAAACUUGGUGUGAGUAAUUAUUUGAGAGGAAGAUCGAGGGUGAUCAUAUAUGUUAUUUCUGAUUCAUAUUUGUGGAAUAGUUAUUUUGUGAGCACGGAAGAGCUUGUAUCAAUUACCCGAAAUGACAAUAAAUGUAUUUGCUGGGU